UUUGCUGCUGCGUCGACUUUUAUGGAAAAUCAUCUUCUCACCUAAAGCUAGGCAAAACUAGUUUACCAAACCCUAUCUUCUCAUUAAUAAACUCAUUUAAUAGUAUAGUACGAUUGUUUUUAAGUUAGACACCCAUGGGUUUUUUCAUCCAAGUCCCAUAUCCCAAACACUGAAUAGUGGCUGUGGGGCUCUACCUUUGAGGACUUGGCAAGUGAGGGAGAGAACCAAAUGGAGCAACUGGAGCCACAGUUACCGAAAACACAUUUGUGGUCUGACCAAGAUGAAGGGGAUGAUGAGGAAGAGGCAGGCGUGGGCCUGUUAGCGAGGCACUCAAGGCAUCCAAACAAUGGAGUUGGAACCACUCCAACUCCUCCUCCUACUACUACUACAUCUAUUAGUGAUGAGCCUCAGCCUGCCCCUGCCUCGGCCCAUACCAAUGCAACUGCAUCUGAGCUUUCUGAGCAAGAACCGGAAGGAGAAGAACAAGAAGCAGCAGAUAACAGUCAACGAGAUGAAGAGCUGGGCGAUGAGAAGGAGGAAGGAGAUGGAGUUACAAACAGGUUUUACUUUCACAAACUUCAAGGCACCGAAUCCAUCAAUGGGGUUUCUGAAAUGCAAUCUGAAAUUUCAGAAGGCCUGAGCACGGAAAUCAAUCAUCAACAGUUGAAGAAUGUAGGGGAUUGGAACUUUUUUCCUUUGAGCUCCGCACCGGUUGAACAGUCAGAUGAAGAAACAAAUACAAGUUUCAAGCAUUUUGACUAUGCAACUAAAGUAGAUGCCAACAUUGACUUAAUUGGAGAAAUUGAAGAGGAUUUGAUGGAAUUAGAUGUUGAAAGGGUUUUAGAGAAACAGAAUACACAUGAUUUGUACUGUCCAAAUUGCAAUUCCUGCAUUACCCAACGGGUCAUCCUUCGUAGAAGAAAGCCAAAAAUUUCAAAUAUACGCCACAAACCAAGGCACGUGAAAAAGUUGAAUCCAAUUUCUGCUGCUGUGGUUGAUGGUCGUAGUGGUAACUCAACUGAAAUAAAUUCAAAUGAUAGUCCAACACUGGCACCUGGUGUGGAAAAUAACAGUACAGAGCAAGAAGCAAUCAGCUGCUUAUCAUGCUUCAGACUUUUCAUUCCUAUAGGAAAUGGUUGUUUCAAGAUCUUUCGGUUCUUCGGAUGUGGGAAGCAGAAUGAAAACACACAAAACCCUCAAGAGAUACACCAGAGUGAGAACACACAAAUUUCUCAAGAGAUGAACCCAAGCAAAGUCACACAAAGUCCUCAAGAGAGAAGCCAGAAGGAUGUAACAAAAAGUCCUAAAGGAAUAAGCCAGAAUGGAAAGACAGAAAGUCCUCAAAUGCUAAGCCACAUUGAAGACACACAAAACACACGAAACCCUCCAAUGAUAAGCCAGAGUGAGAACACACAAAUUUCUCAAGAGAUAAACCCAAGCGAAGACACACAAAGUCCCCAAGAGAUAAUCCUGAAGGAUAUAACACAAAGUCUGCAAAAGACAAACGGCAAUGAAAUUGCACAGAGUCCUCAGAACAUAAACCAGAAUGAAAGCAAGCAAAGUCCUCAAAACAUACCUAAAGCCAGGACAAGUUGGAUUUUCUCUGUUUUUGCAUUGCAAAAGGGCCAAGCAAUAGUUGAUAAAGUACAAGGUGCUGCAGUACCAACCCUCUCAGUCUCAGUUACCAGUGGAGAGCAUGUAGAUGAUGCAAUUAUAAAACCCAAAGAACCUGGAAAAAGUAACAUUUUUCCUUCAACAAUGAGCUCUCUAUUUGACAAGGUGAAAGCUAAAUCCAGGGAGAAGAAGCCAGAUGCUGGCAUGUUAAAGAGAAAUGCUGGGGACAAUGAGAUAGAGGAUAUUGAAGCAGGGCCACUUGAGGCAACAUGUUCCUCAAGGACGGAGGUGGGCAAUUCUUCUCAAACUGGAAACCAGAAUGGAUGUGGAGAUGAAGAUGCUGGUGAAGCUCAUGAAUGGGAAAUUCUAAAAUCUAUUGUCUAUGGCGGAUUAAUUGAAUCUAUUACAAGUUUAGGUGUUGUUUCUUCUGCAGCAGGUGCCGGUGCUGAUACAUUGAAUGUUUUGGCUUUGGGAUUUGCAAAUCUGAUUGGAGGACUAAUCAUCAUUAGUCAUAGUUUUAGAGAACUGAAAAAUGACAAGCCUUCUGGGGCUUCCACAAAGGUCAACGUAGAAGAAGACCGGUAUCAAGUACUGUUAGGACGGAGACAGAAUUUUGUAUUGCACGUCAGUGUAGCUAUUUUAUCUUUCCUCUUUUUUGGUUUGGUUCCUCCUAUUGUCUACGGCUUCUCAUUUCGUAAGAGUGAUGAUAAAGACCUCAAGCUUGCAGCAGUUGCAGGUGCUUCUCUAGUAUGCAUCAUUUUGCUUGCUCUUGGGAAAGGUCAUGCUAGAAAACCACAUAGAGCUUAUUUCCGAACUGUAUCAUACUAUGUCGCUUUGGGUUUUAUGGCUUCUGGCAUCUCGUACGUAGCUGGUGAACUAAUUAAGAAACUCCUACAGAAGCUUGGUUUGUUUGAGUCAACUUCAGCUGUCAGCGUGGCAUUUUUGGAGACAAUACCAUUGGAGGUUGGACGGGGGUCCUAUUGAAGUUCUGGGAUUGAAUCCAAAGCAUUUUGAAGUAGAAGUAAUCCGAAUAAAUGAUGCCCUGAGCAUCAAUUUUCUUUUAGUCGUGUAACCUUAUUUUAGCUUUCCUUUGCUUUUUCUUUGGUAUCUAUUUCUCCUGGGUACAUUACAUUUAGUUCUGCGGCAAUGGAGAAACUUGUUAAAGUAACAUUUCCUUCAGGUUGACGGAAAUUUGAGUUUAAACAUUAUAGUCGAUUUGGGCAUUA